AUGAUGGUGAAGUUCGAUAUUGCUUAUAGUUUCGGUGAGUGGAUGCGUCUGGGGAGACUUUCAGAUAUCAUAGACAAUAUCCAGAUUAACUUACAUACUCCUGGAUGUCUGCUGUACACACGAUAUGGCAGUGUUCCUUUUCUUCCUCCGGAUGUUUAUGAAAAAAUAGAACUGUUACCAGAGUUUUCUUUCGCUUCUAUGAGCUACGUAAUGGAACGCAGGUUUGCGCUUAAGAAAUUCGGUGGUGGUCUUGCCAAAUUUGCUGGUUUAGGUAAACGUGGCGUGAUUCUAUUUCAGUCAGAUCCAACUCACUUGGCUACUGUAGCGGCUGUUGAUAAAUCAUCGGUUCCAGUUUGGACAACUGGUGGACGAUUGCAGUUAUCAGUUGGUGAAUAUUGUACCUGUUGUAAGGUUGCAUCAGCGGCAGCAUAUCAGGCACCAACCGACAACGAGACUUUCCUGCCAGAUGUGAAUCCAACAUUAAAGCGGAUUAAGAAUUCUGUCAUUCGAACUUCAGGGUACUUAAAGAAAUUUGCUUCAGAAUGUUCAUCUCAUGAGGAGUUGGUGAAAAAACGAAUGCUUGUUUCCAUCGCGGGUGGUUAUGAUCUACAGCUCCGCCUUCAGUCAGUUGCUGAAACAGACUUCUCACUUUGCUCAGGUGUGGUAAUUGAUGGUGUACUCCGAGAUUUGCCUGUAUCUUCAGUCGAAACCAAGGUCUACAUCGAUGAAAACCAAGGCUUACAAGAAUUCUUAACUGAUACUUUACCCAAGAUAUUUGCUCAUAUUCCACCUCAAAUUCCACGUUUUAUUACUCAAAUAUGGCAACCAUUUCAUAUUGCCCUCGCAGUUCGUUCUGGAUGUGACAUAUUUGAUGGUAGUUUGCCAUAUCGGCUCAGUCGCAGUGGGAUUGGUUGGAUUUACGAAGACUGGAGUGAAACUAACUUGCCAAGUGUGGUUUCAGACCUAAAGUUUCUAGAGUUUCCCUUCAAGGAGUCUUAUAAUUUGGAUGCGAAGAAAUGGUACUUACCAAUCCAACCUGGAUGUAGUUGUUUUACAUGUUUACAUCACUCACGAAUGUAUAUAUCUCAUUUACAUAUUACUCAAGAAAUGUUGGCUCCUAUGUUACUGAUGAUUCACAACUCCCACCAGUACUAUCGCUUUUUCUCUGAUCUCCGUCGGUCUAUAGCAGUGAACAAAGUAGACGCAUUUAUUAACCAUGCCUCCAAUUGGCAUUUUCCCCUUAACCUCCUGAUUAUUGACAAAACAAAUGAGUUUAAAAACCCGGCAAAUACAGACGAUGAUAAUGUGUAA